AAUAUGUUUUUUAAUUGGUUUUAUAGCGGAGAACGCGUAACGCUCUAGACUCGACCCGAGCAAUAAGGCGGCCAUUGUUCAAAAAAAAAAAAAAAAAAAAAAAAGAGAAGCAAUAAGGCGGCCGGAGCCCGAACCACCUUCCUCUACGAGUGAACAUUUUUGCUAUAAGAUCUUCAGAACUAUCAGUUGCUAAACCUUCAGGUGCCUUUGAGAUGUUGGCAUUUACUUCAAGUUCUGUUGGAGCCUUACCUCUAGCAGCACCAGUUUGUGCAGUUAAAACUAGAAGCGGAUGCAAGGGUCAAAAGGAAAUAAGUCCUGUCAGUGUUUCCACUCAGCUUCGACCUUAUGAUCCUCGAAGUGGGUUAAACAAGCUUGUGAUAAGUCCAGUAGGACUUGGGAAGCAGUUACGUCCUAUUUAUGGAACAAAACAUUGUAAUAGAAAGCAAUCUGCUUCUAUUAUAUGUGCUGCUGCUAUGAGUGCAAGAUGCUCUGCUUCAGGGCAAACUCAAACCAUAACUCGUGAGGCACCAACAAUCACCAAGGCUCCUGUACGAGAACCUACCAAGACGCCACAACUUGAUGAUGGUGGACCUGGACUGCCACCUGGUGAUGAUGGCGGCGGCGGAGGUGGGGGUGGUGGGGGAGGAAACUGGUCAGGCGGAUUCUUCCUUUUUGGUUUUCUUGCAUUUCUAGGCUUUUUAAAAGAUAAAGAGACUGAUGAUGGCGGCUACCAGGAUAGCAGGAGAAGAUAGAAAAACCACAUGUGAUUCUGACAUUCUACUGUAUUCUUUUUGAUUGGAUUCAUAGUAGACUUGAAUGAGAUAAGGAGAUAAUUGUCUGUCAUCUUCGCUAAUUAUAAAGUAUGGUAGACGUUGCAAUCUCACUCUUGGCAAUAUAAAGCUGCUUGAAACUUCAGGACCA